AUCAGAGUUUAAUAAAAUACAUGUGGAAGAGAAAAUUGCAAUUUAUAAAUUUUGAAAUAUAUUACUAGUGCCACGUAAGAUUAUUUUGAGAAAAUGCCAGCUGCUGAAGAGGUAAAGUCAAGUUGGGCAGAUGAAGUGGAGUUGGAAGGUGGAUCUCUACCACCUGCUACUGAAGUCGUUGAAAAUGGUUACAAAAUUGUUACUGAAUACAAGUAUAACGAUGAUGAUAAAAAAGUUAAAAUUGUUCGAACCUAUAAAAUAGAAAAGCGUAUUGUAUCCAAGUCGAUAGCUUUACGUAAAACAUGGAAAAAAUUUGGAGAGGCUGCAAAUGAUAAACCAGGUCCAAAUCCUGCUACUACAAUUGUCGCAGAAGAUGUUUAUAUGCAGUAUAUUACUAGUAAGGAAGAUGAGAACAAACAAGAAGAUGACCCCUUGGAUAAACUCAGAGGUAUUGGGGAUAAAAAUAUUGUCAAAUGUCGUACUUGUAAUGGAGACCAUUGGACAUCAAAGUGUCCUUGGAAGGAUACCAUAUUGGCUGGUGGAAAAAUGCCAGAUGAAAAGAAAGCAACAGCUGUUGCAGGUCCAGCUGGAGAAACUGGAAAGCAAGUUGGGUCAAAGUAUGUACCGCCAAAUUUAAGAGAAGGUGCAACAAAAAGAACAGAUGGAUCUAACCUUUCCAAAAGAGAUGACAGCUACUCAGCUAUUAGGAUUGCAAAUCUUUGUGAUUCAACAGCUGAAGCUGAUUUAGAAGAGUUGGUGAAACCGUUUGGGCCAAUUCAGAAAUUGUUUUUGGCAAAAGAUAGACUUACAGGUCUCUGCAAAGGAUUCGCAUAUAUUCAUUUUAAGUUUCGUAAUGAUGCAGCUAAUGCUAUUGCAAGACUUAAUGGACACGGCUAUGAUCAUCUUAUUCUUAAUGUUGAUUGGUCAAAACCUUCAAGCAAUUCAAAUCAGUAAUUCUGUAGCAAAUACUUGUAUACAGGAAUUUAUGUAAUAAAUAUUAUGAAGAUAUA